AUGCGGCUGUGCGCACAGUAUUUUCUCGGGGAAGAGGCGCUGCGUGCGUCGUUCUAUAUCUUAGUAGAUCUGGCGGUUUCGGCUGCACCCCAUACCGGGGUUUCGACGCGCCUGCUGAAAAAGGCGUUACAAAUUUUGGAGAGCCUCGUCUUCGAGGAACUGGAACAGGAGCAAGGGCAGAAAGACCUGAAGAAUAGGACCCCUAACACCGCUAUCAACGUGACGAGAGCUGCAACUCAAUAUUCCGGAAAUUCCUCGCGCUCUCCCGCUUCCUCCGCACAGGCUGCGAACCCGAACGCCGGUUCCGGAGAACAGCUGCAAAAUUGGGUGGCGCGAUUGAACGUGCUCGUGGAAGCGCGAACCCAGUACAAGACCCUGGCGAACAUUUUGCUGGGGAUCGAAACUUUACCUUCCGAGCCGGCGUUGCUGAAAAGUCACUUGAACCGCUUGCAUUCGCAAAGGCACGCCAUCAUGAGUUUGGUGGAAUCGGUCGAAUUGGUAAAGCUUGGAGAGGAAGUGCUGCAUUCUUUGUCGGCCAGCAAGUAUCUGCUACGGUUUCUGGAAUACCUGGCCAAGGUGACGGAUCUCAUGCGGUCAACCGAAAAUUAUCAGGGCGAAUUGAAGGUCUUUGAUGUUUUAGCGGAAUCGCCCGAGGGCAUCGUGGCACGGCUCCUCUUCGACCUCGGCGGCGCGGAACAGGCCCAGGCGUUGGCCAAAGUUAUGGGAGUCGAUCUUGUGGAGGUCAUCCUGCACUACGCCUAUAGUACAGAAAGUUUGGCACCGG